AUGUACGAUAUUUGUCGGAAAGCGGAAGCGAGGUGUCGAAGGGUCACAAAUGGGGCUGUCCCGUGGUCUCCCCAGAUCCAAACCUUUUGGGACCGCCAGUCCCUCUGGAAGCUACUACUGAAGGGAAGGAAGCAAUGUCAAGUCAGCUCGCGAAAAAUCCGCCGCCUUAUGAAGAAGACUAAGUUGCCCGACGCGUGGAAGAAGACUACAGUUGAAUUGGAGACGGCAUUGCGUAAUGACAGGAAGGAGUACCUGCAUGCCAAGAAAAACCACGCGGUUUCAUGGCGCAAGGAGUUCUUGACUGUUCAAGUGAAGAAAUCUAAGAAGAAACAAUGGACAUCGCGCAAGGCUAGGGAUCGCUUUUUGAGGUUACGGCGGAUGAAGCAACGAGAGGAGGCGAGACGCCGCCGCCGCGCCCAGUCAAAAGGAUCUACCGGCGGUUUGCAAGCGAUUCAAGUUGAGGAGACGUUACCUACCGGACAAGUGGAUCUGCGAACUCUCACCGAUCGGAGACAAGUCAAGCAAGGGUGCAUGCAGGAAAAUUGCGCACGGUAUGACCAGACUCGAUCGCCCUAUACGACUCCUCCUAUGGACAAACCCUUGUAUUCAAUGUUCACCGGGGCAGACGCAGAGAGGAACUCCCAUGCACUUCUGGAGGGCCGCCUUCCCAUACCGGAUGGGAUUGAUUCUUACACUAAGUCAUUCCUGGAGCAGUGCCGUUUCCAUCAAGGGCACUCUAUGAUCCCGAUGGAAGUGUUGCCUGAUGAUCAUACUUACUUCUGGUCUUGUAAUCCAGAGAAUAAGGGCUUGGAACCGCACGGGCUACAUAACGGUCAUUUCAAGGCUGGGAUUUAUUCCCCUAUGGUGGCUCAAUGCGACCUCUCUUCCGCCACAUACCCUUGA